UCUGUCGCUACUAGAUUCCGUCGCUACUAUGUUUCGCGUAACGUGCCUCGUCCGUGAACCAAUCACCGACCGAGCAGGUUGACGUGGGCUAGCAGUUUAUUUUAGUCUACUGGGACUCUGUGCGUGGUUUUGGAGUAAUACCCUUAUAAUAAAAUGAACAAAUCUAGUGCACCAUACACGUCGAAGAAACUUCUGAUGUUUGUAAUUGUAACAUGUAUCGCAGUCAGCAUCAUCUACUUCGCAAUGGCCUUUCAGCCUGUAAAGGUGACUCAGGAUUCCAACGGGAUAGCCCAGGAGGCACAUGUUGAGACGCUAGGCAGUGAUAUUGGAGGCCAAGUCAAUGAACUGAGAAAAAUUCUGUGCACAGAUAAACUUGCGCCAAACGCUAUCCUGAAGACCUCACUGACCUAUAACGAACUGUUGGGGGACAAAAAGGAUGUCAAAAAGAAAGAAACUCUCGACAAUUCAGGAGCAGCAGCUUUCCUGACUAACUACACAAAAAUGUUUGGUCAUAACCAAAUGCAAACACCCGCAGCGGACCCCAAUAGUGCCCUCACCAUUCGGACGUGGUGGCAAGCAGCAGCCAUGAUUGACUGGUACUAUAACGGACCAAAGAGAUAUGACUGUAAGCAGGUCAAGCCGAUGGGAAACUGGCAUAUUUGUCAAGACCCACCCUACACAGUCAGCCCUCCAUGUCUGGUCUACUCAUUCGGUAUCAAUUAUGACUUUUCCUUUGACGAUGCUAUGGUUUCAUUAGGAUGUGAGGUCCAUUCGUUUGAUCCAAGCAUGAACAUGGAGACACAUAAGAGGAAGAAUGGAAACUUUUCCUAUUUCUAUAAGUGGGGUCUCAGCAAUGUCAACGCCGAUGCCUACGAGCCAAGAAAAGACGUCUAUGUGAAAAACGUCCAAUCUUGGAAAAUGAGAACAUUGAAGUCAUUGAUAAAAGAGUUAGGACAUGAAGAGAGGACUAUAGAUGUUCUGAAAAUGGAUAUUGAAGGCUAUGAAUGGGGAGUUGUUGAUAACUUGAUAGAGACAGAUGUUCUGAAACAAGUUCGACAAUUUUUGAUCGAGUACCAUUUAUUUCCUUCCUUUCCAGCUAAGGCUGAAUACGUCUAUCUGUAUCAGACUAUUUCAAGAGUUAGAGAAAUGGGGUUUAGAGAAUUUCAUUAUGGUGAUGAACCAAGAAAUAUUAACGAGGCCAACUUUAACAAUCAACGUGUUGUGGACUACGUCAGCUUCUUUUUUCAUCAUUAAGAUCACGUAAGACCUUCAGCACUAUGUAUAUACAGAGGACAAAGAGAGAGAGAGAGUGAAGGGUAUUCAUAUAAAACAAAAAGAUUUACCAGACCAUCUCAUCUCACAAUUUUCCAUUGUACGACUGGUGAAGGUAGAAUGCAUCUCUUUAAAAAUUUGAAGAAAUACCGACAAACUAAUGACUAAAGCUAUGUACCGUGUAGGAGGAUGUCAUCUCUGUGUGGUACUACUCAAUCUAUGGUAGACAUGGAGUUCUGAGACUUAACUGUCAACUUGUAGAACAGUGUUUCCCUAACUGUUUUCCACAGAACCCUAGAGUUUCGCGAGUCUGAUAAGGUGUUCCGAAAACUGCAGGAAUAAUUAAUUUUGAGGCCACGACGUGAAUUUAUCUCUAUAAAAAAAAAAUAAGCCAGGUGUUCCUCUAACUACUCAGACUGUGCGAAGUGUUCCAUUAAAAAAAAUGUUUGGGAAGCACUGUUGUAGAGGAUUUAUUUAUUAACAAGAAUUGGUUCUUGUCUAUUUGUGUCAUAGUUGUCUAAAGUUAUGGUGUGUCUGUGAUACCCUCUAAUAUAGGAUCUCCAUUGGAUUGUGUCAAAUCUAAAAGCUCAAAACCACUGUAGUUCUAGAGGCACUACAGAUAUUUAUUGUUUUUAUUUUACUUGUUCAUUGUUCAUUGUAUUACCUGUUGCAAGUGAUGAGAUUAACGACAUAAAUUUCGUUAGUUAUUACAAAUUAACAACCAAAUAAAGAAAAAACAAUGCUAAAUAACCCCUCCCCCGAAAAAUAUGUUUAAAGUUGUUUGUUUUUUUAAUACGUGUAGGUUAAGGCAUAUGAACUCAUUUGAAAAGUCCUAUCCACAAAAAAAAAUGAAACCUUCCAUCCGCAAAAAAAUAAAAAUAAUUUAACAAUUAGAUAUUCCAAAGGGUUGAUCAUAUAUAUUUUUUUCUACUUUUCUCAUUCUAUUAUUUGACAUCUGGUAAACAGUAAAACUAUUUGUUUUCCAGAAUAUUCAAACAUUCCCAAUGUUUUCGUCAAUCUUUAUGCUUAAAUAAAAAACCACAUCUUUUUAGAGGCCCUUGAAAAGAGAAAUAGCCGCUAUUAGUUUUGUGUGGUCUGUCGGUCCGUCUGUCAGAUCUCAAAAACUACAAAAGAUAUUGAGAAUCCAAUAUCAUGAUAUUUUAGUGUUUGUUUUUUAAGUUAUGUAACGGCUUUUUUUUUUUCUUUUCUGAAACCGAAAACUUUAAUUUUUAAAAUUUAAUACGCAACCAUUUUUUUUCAUCAAAAUACACCAAUUUACAACUAUUCACUAUUAAUAAUAAAAACAACAACACAGGAGACUAUAUAAGGGAGAUGAUUUUUCUGUAUAUUUUUAAAACAUAUGCAAACGGCUUGUUUUUUAUUUUUUUAUUUUUUUCUAAAAAAAAUAUUUGUAUCACUCAGUUAAAUGUUUUCUGAUUAAAAAAAUGUAUACUUUGCACCAUACCUACAUAACAAUAUGUGAUAUGGGAUAAUAAUAACAUGUAUUUAUCUCUGUACUCAUGAACAUCAUGUUGUCAGUCCGCAUCACAAUAGUACCCCGUAUGGUCAGCACUGUCAAUACGUACAUUUUUUUUUGUAUGGGUGAAGAUUGGGUUGGGGUCAUUCAUAGUUUGUGCUUCUGAUAUUCAUGCUAAAAAUAUUGAAACUUGCCUUAUUACCUCACUGAGUAGACCUAAACCAUUUUGGGAGCCGAUUCUGAGUUUGUGUUGACACACAAACUCUCUUUGUUAUCUUGUUUUUACUGUAAUUUUGAAUAACAAUGCCUUUUCGUAGCUGUAGGCCUAUAUUACAUAUUUUUUAUGAUGUCGUUUAUUUAAAGAUUUUUCUUUUACGUUGUCACAUGUGUAACUAUGAACGCACAUCGCCUGGUCAUAAAAUGUGUUAAAAUACCAAAUACU